CAAGGCUUCCUGGGCGUUGCGUUUAUCGAAAUCUCUGAAAGAAACUUUGAGAUCUUGGCCAGAAGAUACACUUGAGAAUUUAUCAUACGGACGUGUGUGACUAUGGAGGAUGACCCUCAUAACCUUGACCCUCGUAUGGGUGAGAAGUCUCCAGAAAAUGUGCCUUUGACCACUAAUCACGACCAUUCAUCCGGGGUCGAGAACGGCAAUAGCAAGUUCCAGAUGGCAGACGAUGUUGCAGACUACACUGGGGUCAUGGUCAAGGACGAGAAAGGAGCUUCUGGGGAUGACGACGAGUUUGUGCGACAAUCCUGGGGCAGAAAGCUCGAGUAUGUGCUCUCUAUGGUUGGAUUCUGUGUCGGCCUCGGGAAUGUCUGGAGGUUUCCAUACGUCUGUAUGAGAAAUGGAGGAGGUAAGAAAAAAACUUUUUAAAAACAUAGGUGUGUGAUAGUUGCACUAUCAUCACAGUUCGAAACAACUUUGUG